UUAUGGAGGCGGGUGGCCGCUCACUUGCCAAGCAACGAGAGACGGCGUAGUGGGUAGUAGUAGCUGGCUCACAAAAAUAAAAGCCUUAAAAUAGAGAAGGAACAACGGGAUUCAAAAUUAAGAUUUUGUUGUUUAUAAACCGGCCAUGAGCUCCGGAACCCCAUAUAUCGGCAGUAAAAUCAGCCUGAUAUCCAAGGCCCAGAUUCGGUAUGAAGGUAUUUUGUACACCAUCGACACCGACAACUCGACGGUGGCGCUAGCAAAAGUUAGAUCUUUUGGAACGGAGGGACGGCCCACUGAAAGGCCGGUGCCUCCUAGAGACGAUAUAUAUGAAUACAUAAUAUUUCGAGGAAGCGACAUCAAAGAUAUAACUGUUUGCGAGCCUCCGAAACACCACCAUGGCCUGCCUCAGGAUCCUGCAAUUGUUCAGUCCUCCCUUAGCAGUGCAUCAGCUUCCUACCACCAGCCCCAGGUUUCCUACAGUCCAUACCGGGGCAUGUCCUCCUACAGCCAGCUCGCUGCCAGUUCUCUGCUGAAUCAGCAGUACGCUGCAGCAUUGGGGUUGGGGGCAGGUUUUCACAACCUGCCUGUUCGCAGGGGCCCUAUGAUCGAGCAGGCUGUUCAGACGGCCCCAGCUGAGAACCCUGUGCAGAAGAAACCCCCCCAGCUGCAGCAGCUUGGCAGAGAGCUGGCUGGACAGUCUCAACCUCAACCUCAGCCUCAGCGUGCUGUACAGGAAGCUCCACAGAGGAGUAGUGCUGUAGACAAAAACCAGGUGCAGAAUAAUGGUGAGAAUAGAAGACCACAGAGAAGACGACAAGCAAACAGGAGGUCCAGGAACCGAGGGAAAGGACAGAACCUGGUAGGGAAUGCGAGUGCCAAGGCCUCUGGUACCAUCCAGUUUGAGGCGGACUUUGAUUUCGAAAGUGCAAAUGCCCAGUUCAUUAAAGAAGACCUUGAGAAAGAAUUGCAAAACAAGCUGAAUAUUAAAGAUGGAGAGGAAAAGGGCGACUCUGGAGUUGAGACUCAGAAUAGCGAAGAGACCGCAGAUGAGGACACCCAUGGCCCAAACUGCUACUAUGAUAAAACAAAGUCUUUCUUUGAUAAUAUUUCUUCAGAACUUCAGGCCAGAAGAAUUACAUGGGCACAAGAGAGGAAGCUGAAUGUGGAGACAUUUGGGGUCCCUGGUAGGUUUUUCCGUGGUUUCCGUGGUGGCAGGAGAGGCCGAGGGACAGUACCGAGGCUUCCCAACCCACAGAGAGUGGGCAGUGGAAGGGUGUAGCGGGAAUGGGCCAUUGAUGCUCGUCAUGGGUUUAUACUGUGGAAGCAAGUGUAGCAGAGUAAAGAUUCUACUUUGACACUUUGUGUGUUUGCCAGAUAAUCUUGUUUAAAUGUGCUACGAUUUAAGAGUGAAUUAUCCAAAAGUAUGCACUUUUUUUUGUUUUGGACAAUUGAAGAGUUUGUAAAUUAGUUUUGUUUUUUACGUGACUUUCUGGUAUGUUUACUGGAAGGAUAUAGUACUACCUUGUGAUUUGGUGGGAGGUCAAUUUUUAGUUUUAAUCUGUUUAAAAAUACUGUGUAACUAUUUCCCAAUCACAAGAUAUGGCCAAAAUGUUGGUUACCGCUACAUAUUCAGUGCCUUAUUGAAAACUUGAUGUUGACUAAUCUUUUUUCUGAGGAUUUUUUUUUUUAUCUAGUACUCAAGAUAUAUAAAAAUUGAGACUUGCAUUGGCUAUUAUCCAUCACCCUCACCCUUCCUAGAUGCAUGUGGUACAAAAUCUAUUCAGGAUUAAGUACUUCUGAGUUGCAUAAUACUCAGUCUAUGCAAAUGCACUUUUUUAUUUGUAUAAUACCUUGUAUUUUGCUUAGUUGUAAAUAUAUAUGAACUGCCCUGCUUUCUAUAAAAAUUUAAUCAAGGCACCAAAGCAAUGGAAAUUGUUAGAUGACAGACAAUCCAGUUAUGUUUGUUACCUUGAUGGGUGGGUCACAAUUCAAGCAAGUUUACAAUUGUGCUUGAAUCAGUUUUUUUUUUUUUUGUACAAAUCUAUGGAGGCUCCAAGCAAGUGACCACUCCAGACAUGAAUAAAAAUGUUUGAUUUUUGGAAUUCUGUCACAUUGCAAAUAAACCUAUUGAAAUGUA